AUGCCCAGCCCAGCCAAAAAGCGCAAGCGCGAUGCAGCUGACUCGUCGCCGCAAAAAAGUAUCGCCUCGUUCUUCAAGGGCCAAGCGGCCCAACAGACCAGAGCUGAACCCGUCACCGACCAGGCCGUCUCGGAUGAAGCUCUAGCGCGCAAGCUCCAGGCAGAGUGGGACCAAGAAGAGCGUGUUUCCUCGGUCGCAGAACCAGCAGCUGCUGUUCCAACAGAGCGUUGGACAGACACAGCUCCGGCCGAGCCUCCGAUAGCAGCAGAUGUGCCUACGGUAGCUCCGGUGACGCCGAAGAAGCACACGCUGUCGCUACAGUCGUCGACAGGCACCGAGGACACAAUAUCUUUGUCAGUUCCUCUAGACCAAAGCCCCCAGUCUUUCGAUGCAGCCAAAUACGCCAAAGAGCUGCGGUCGCAUUGGACGUCCGAGGGCGGCGAUGCGUCGUAUGCCUUGCUGACGAGGGCUUUCGUCCUGGCCAACGCCACAACCAGCCGAAUCAAGAUCGUCGAUACACUGGUCAAUUUUAUCCGGAUCUUGAUCGAAGGAGACCCGUCCAGUCUUCUUCCUGCGGUAUGGCUGGCAACCAAUUCUAUCUCGCCUCCAUAUGAUGAACUGGAGCUUGGACUGGGCGGCUCCGCCAUCUCCAAGGCCUUAAAGAAGAUAUACGGACUCGACAAUCAGGGGCUCAAGUCCCUCUACGAUAAGCAUGGCGAUGCGGGCGAUGUCGCGUUCGAGGCGAAGAAGCGCCAGGCUUUUACACUGGUCAAGCCGAAGCCACUCAAGAUCAAGGGUGUGUAUCAAUCGUUGAUGAAGAUUGCGAUGAGCAAAGGGACCGGCAGCCAGGAAACAAAGCAACGAAUUGUCGAGAAACUCUUGCAGGAUGCGCGAGGCGCCGAAGAGAGCCGGUACAUUGUCCGGACUCUCGUCCAGAACUUGCGAAUUGGAGCCGUGAAAACUACCAUGCUAAUUGCUCUGGCGCGAGCUUUUCUCUACUCCAAGCCAGCGGGCGUCGAGUUCGCCGUCAGGCCUCAGGAACUCGCGCGUCUGAAAAAGGACGAGCUCACUGAAACAUACAACAACGCAGAAGAGAUCGUCAAGGCGUCGUACGCCCGACAUCCUAACUACAAUGAUCUGGUCCCGUGUUUAUUGGAGAUUGGAGUUACAGAAGAACUGCUCGUGCGAUGCGGUCUCGCGCUACAUAUUCCACUACGGCCGAUGUUGGGCAGCAUCACUCGUGACCUAUCGGAGAUGUUAACCAAGCUUCAAGCAAGAGACUUUAGUUGCGAGUUCAAAUAUGAUGGGCAGCGCGCACAGGUGCAUUGCGACGAGCAAGGCAAGGUGUCCAUUUUCUCACGCCAUCUCGAACUCAUGACAGAGAAGUAUCCGGACCUGGUGGCGCUCGUCCCCCAGAUCCGAGGCGAGGGCGUGUCCAGCUUUAUUCUUGAGGGGGAGGUCGUCGCUGUUGACCAGAAGUCGGGCGAUCUCCAGCCCUUUCAGGUGCUGACCAACCGCGCAAAAAAGAACGUGGAAGUCGGAGCCAUCACAGUCAAUGUGUGCUUGUUCGCGUUUGAUCUGAUGUAUCUCAAUGGCGAGCCUCUCCUGGACCGAUCUCUUCGCGAGCGUCGCGAGCUCCUCCGAAGUUUGUUCGUGGAGAUUCCCAACCGGUUUACGUGGGUGAAGAGUCUGGAUGCCACGUCCGCCGACUCGGAGGCCGUGCUGGAUUUCUUCAAGAGUGCUACUGAUGCAAAGUGCGAGGGUAUCAUGGUUAAGGUGCUAGACAAUGCAGUCAAGCCAAUCAAUGACGCUGAUGCCGGGCCUAUUGAAGCCAGCGAAGCGCCCGCCACAACCACGAAGCAAAAAAGCACGCGGCGCAAAGCGCUCCUCUCAACCUACGAACCAGACAAACGCCUAGAAUCAUGGCUAAAGGUGAAAAAAGACUACAGCACCUCCUCGGAAACGCUCGACCUAAUCCCGGUCGCCGGAUGGCACGGCCAAGGCCGCAAAGCGAAAUGGUGGUCCCCGAUCCUGCUCGCGGUGCGGAACCCCGAAACCGGCUCCCUCGAAGCCGUGACAAAAUGCAUGUCCGGCUUCACGGACAAAUUCUACCAAACUAUCACGACCAAAUACGCCGAGGGCAGCACGAAUGUCAUCUCGCGGCCCAGUUACGUCGAGUACCCCGGCUCGCCGGAUGUGUGGUUCCAUCCACAAGAAGUGUGGGAGAUGGCCUUUGCAGAUAUCACGUUGAGUCCGACGUACCCCGCGGCCAUAGGGCUGGUUAGUGACGAGCGCGGGCUGAGUCUGCGGUUUCCGAGGUUUCUGCGCGUGCGCGAGGAUAAGUCGAUUGACGAGGCGAGCUCGGCGGAUUAUUUGGCGUUGUUGUGGCGGAAGCAGAUGGAGAAGACGGCGGCGGCGGCUAGUAGUAGUCGUGCUGAUGACGAGCAGGGGUGGCAGGAGGAGGACUGA